ACUGGAAUUAGGUUUCCUUGGAACUGUAGUGCGAAGCGGAAGGUGGGGCGGCUGUUUUCUAUCUGCUCUAUUUCUGAGUUGUUCAGUUUUCAGCUUCUACCCCAACUCCGCCUCCUGGGGAGCAGAGGCGGAGCACCGCUGCGUCGUUUGGGGGGCCACAGCCACGUGCUCACUCGGGUUGUGUUGCGGCUGGGUACUCCGCCUUACGAGUUCCACGCCCACGGUGGAUUUCGUGCCUAGGGAAACAGACGAAGUGGGAGGGUGAUUCUUGCGGAGCGCAGAGAUGGCAGCCUGGACUGCACUUGUGUCUGCAGACAUCCGCCGCCCGUGGAGUGGGCAUCUUUGCUCUAAGGCAACGCAACCAGCGUGUCCCGCCUUCUUACCGCUUCCAUACGGAGGGGAAUGGAGAGGGCUGGAGGCCCAAACGGUCUCGUUUCACCGCAGUAGCCCAUUUAUUUGUUUAGCAAAUAUUGGACGAAUCACUCUUGUCUAGGUUUCCCCACCUGAAGAAAUCAGAUAUAACUACCCUCCGCGGAGUGGAGGUGAGAGAUCAAUAACAUAUUUAUGAAAGGAAAGACUUUAGCGCGUGGCACAUAGUAAGUGCUUAAUAAAUGUUGCUAGCAUCGUUAUUAACAACAAAAAAACGUUAAUUAAGAGACUGGUAGAUGCUAGGCACUGUUCCCACGGGGGAUGUACCGGCUGGAACCCGGGUCUUCCCAGGUGCGAAAGGAAACUUACAAGCUAAGGCCAGCUCGCUGGGCUCUACAGACGCAACCCGUGGGUCGGCCCUGAGCCCCACCUACGGCCCCCCUACACUGGGCCUGCGCAAGGAUGCACUGGGGCCACUGAGAAAGGAUACCGCCGGGAGAGGUCAGCUUGGACUGGGGAACGCUCACCCUCUACAAGUUCGGGUCCCUUUUCAUCUCAGGGUAAAUCCCACCCUGUCCCUUUAAGGAGUCUCUAGCCCCGCUGCGCUGCGGAAAGCCCGGAUGCGGCUCUCUGAUUGGGCGGGGCGUCUCCGUGACAUCACACUGGGUACAAAAGGGCCCGGGUGGCGGGCGGCCGGGCAGAGCGUCCUACUAGUCUCUCAGUGUGGGUAUCUCCGCAGAGAGAGGCGUGAACGAACGCAUAGUCUGGAGUGCACCUGCCACCUCCCCUGCCCAGCCCAGAGUCCCCGCCAAACCUCGGUCCCGCCGUCGAGUCGUCAUGGAAGUGCAGAAAGAGGCGCAACGCAUUAUGACCCUGUCCGUUUGGAAGAUGUACCAUUCGCGCAUGCAGCGCGGUGGCCUACGGUUGCACCGGAGUCUGCAGCUGUCGCUGGUCAUGCGUAGCGCCCGGGAGCUCUACCUUUCGGCAAAGGUGGAAGCCCACGAGCCUGAGGUGCCCUUGCCACCCGCCCGCUCCCCUGAUCCUCGCCUACACCCACCGCGAGAAGCGGAAGCCGCAGCCAAUGCAGCGCUCCCCGACGGUGAGCCUCCCUCUCCGGAACCCAUGGACACGCAGGAGGCGCCGAGAAUCGAGGAGACCCCUGCCCCCUGUGCCCCGCGCCCUGCCAAAGUCAGCCGCAAGCGGCGAAGCAGCAGCCUGAGCGACGGUGGGGACGCCGCACUGGUCCCGAGUAAGAAAGCCCGUCUAGAAGAAGAGGAGGAAGGGGCCCCUUCGGAGGUCCUCAAUCGCCUGCAGCCCCCUCCGGCGCAAACGGAGGGCGCCUUCCCCAAUUUGGCGCGUGUCCUGCAGAGGCGCUUCUCCGGCCUCCUGAACUGCAGCCCCGCCGCCCCGCCGACGGCGCCGCCGGCGUGCGAGGCGAAGCCGGCUUGCCGCCCGGCUGAUAACAUGCUGAACGUGCUGGUGCGGGCCGUGGUGGCCUUCUGAGGGCCCUCGAGCGGCGCUACCGGAGCCCAGAGCGCGGGCCGAACCGUCGGCCAGAGUGCGCAGACCCGAGGCGAGGCCCACCCCUACGGGAGCACCCUCGGAAACCGUGGAAAGGAGCCACCUCCCGGGCUGCCGAGAGGCCCUGAGAGGGACUCUGCCCCCGGGGAGCCGUCGCCACCUGUGUGCAGUCGCGGCACCGAGGAGCCUGAGCCGGGGGGCGCGGGCGCCUUGCCGCAGACCUGCCGCGCCCACAGGUGCUGUUUUAAUGGACUGUGACGUGGACCUUACCCUCUCCUUCUGGAACUGGGAGAAGGGAGACUUGGUUCUUUAAAUUCCUCAGGGUUGGACUUUAUUUUUUACCGGGGGCUAUGCCGCCCUUUCAAGGUUUUUCAAUAGUAGGUGUUUGCGUUUCCAACCUCGGAGAAUUCCAGGCACUCCCCUUCCCCCUCCAGUGACAUACUUGUGCAAGCGGUCAUCGUUGCGUCAUGGGGCAGAAGUGGGGAGCUUCCUGUUGCCAUGCGUGGGUGUGAGGCCUGGGAGGAGGAUCUGGGGUGUGGACCGCCCUGGGGAACGGGAGGAGGGCGGCCUGAGUCACUUGGCCUCCGUGUGCUGCGGGUUAUUGUCCCUUGCCCCUAUGCCUUCGAGGGCGGAGGGCUGAUCUAAUUUCAGGUUAAAAAUUUUCUCCUCUGGUGUGUUAGAGGUGGGAAUAUGUUCAGUCUCAAGCUUGACCUUCCCUCAGACACAACCCAAAUGUUCCUGGACUGAAUCACAAAAAUGGGGGGAGGGGGUGCUCCGAGCGCUGUAAGGCUGAGCCGGGAUCAGUUGCUGGUGAGACUGGGCCAGUUUUGGGGAGGGGGGGAUUCCUACCAGGGCGUUCUGAGGUUCUGUUUACCUUUACUGUGGUGGAUUUUAACUCCAUCUAUCUGGCCUUUUGCUAGAAACGCCAGGUAGGAAAAAAUAAAGACCAUUGAAAUAAAAAGUC